GGGAAAACCUCAUACUCCAGGAUUCGGUGUUCUAUUUGGGGGUCACCAUCACGAGGACCCUCAACUGGGAAACCGACCUGAGAGAGAACUGGACAGAGUCCGGAAGAGAGCCAACCUGCUGAAGGCUCUGAGAGGCAAGCUUGGGAGAUGCGACAGUAAAACUCUCCUUCAUACAAUUGAAACGAUAGUAUUUUUAGUUAUGAUACCGUUUGUGAAAACUGUGACCAAUGAAGACUUUGUUCUACCACCUUCCUUCAACCUUGGAGACAGUUUAGAAGUUGCCGAGUACGACCUUCUAGGAGCGUCCGCUGCAGUGGGAAUACCUUUUCACGACUCUAAGAUGUACAUUGAUGGCGACGGUCACGAUGGCUUUCCUGCCUACGGAUUCAAAAUCGGAUCAGACGUGAAAAUCGCUCACCGCCAGAUAUUACCCGAGAAGCUGAGUCCUGAAUUUUCAAUUUUAAUAAGCGCCAAGCCAAAAAGCAGACGUGGGGGAUUUAUCUUUGCCGUCGUCAACCCUUAUGACACGCAUCAAAUCAUGAAAUUCACAAUAGAACUUGAUAUCAAUAAUUCGAUAAACGUUCAAGACAUGAGAAUCACAAAAAUCAACAACAAACAUGAUUUCGCAGUUCUCCACGAACCAAACAACCAACCCUUAGGCGUUACAGACACAACUAUCUACAACAAUAUACCAGAUAAACCAGCAGCUUAUCACAGCAUGAUCCUCAGACUAAUCAUUGCCGAGUACGACCUUCUAGGAGCGUCCGCUGCAGUGGGAAUACCUUUUCACGACUCUAAGAUGUACAUUGAUGGCGACGGUCACGAUGGCUUUCCUGCCUACGGAUUCAAAAUCGGAUCAGACGUGAAAAUCGCUCACCGCCAGAUAUUACCCGAGAAGCUGAGUCCUGAAUUUUCAAUUUUAAUAAGCGCCAAGCCAAAAAGCAGACGUGGGGGAUUUAUCUUUGCCGUCGUCAACCCUUAUGACACGGUUGUGGAGCUUGGUGUCAAGAUAGGUCAAGAAGGGACAGCUACGACAGUGUUAACUCUCUUCUACACCGAUUCCUUUCAGUUCGUGAAGUCUCAGAGCAUAGCGAACUUCACGGUACCAACAUUCCAGAACAAAUGGAUGAGAUUUGCUUUCCGAGUUAGUUUGCAAAAUGUAACUUUAUUUUUCAACUGUAACGAAACUGAUUCAGUUGUAGUCCAGAGAAAUCCUAUAGAAUUAGUUUUUGACUCUGCUUCGACACUAUACAUUGCCCAAGCAGGGCCUCAUAUUGGUGAACCCUAUGAGGGCGCCCUGGAUCAGCUCAAAAUAUUUCGGGAUCCGAACAUGGCUGGAGAACAAUGCAAAACUGAUUUUAAGGUUUUUGAAGACGAGGACGAGAUUGACAACGAAAUAAUGGAAAAGAACGAUUUCGAUGGAUCUUCUAAAGAAGGCAGCGGCAGCGAUGAAUUGGGAGUGUUUCCUCCACCUCCACCACCUCCAGAUGGUAAGAAAUGUUUAUGUGAUAGCGGAAACUGUUGUAAUAUUGUUUCCAAUGAUGAUGGAAAAGUGGCCGGACGAUAUAAAGGAGAGAAAGGAGACCGUGGACCAAAGGGACCGCCAGGAGAAUCUAUCAGAGGUCCUCCAGGUCCACCAGGAUCUCAGGGUCCUCCAGGCAUUCCAGCUGCUGAGGCUGUAUGUUCCUGUAACAUUACUUCAAUACUUGCUACCCUAAGUUCUCAGUCUCACACUCCCGUUGACAUCGUUAAAGAAAAAACAGGACCACCAGGGCUGACCGGCCUCCCAGGACCUCCGGGAGAAAGAGGCCCUUCUGGACCUAAAGGAGAAAAGGGAGAAAGGGGAGAACGAGGAUCUUCUGGGUUGAUGGGACAUCAAGGGAUGAGAGGAGAACCGGGGCGUGAUGGAGCUCCUGGUCCACCAGGACCUCCUGGACUCCCUGGACCUCCGGGGCCUGUGGAAUUCGAAAAUAUAGAUCCCAGCUGGAAACCCAGAGGACCUUUCAAAGAAGCUGUUCUGGGAAGUGCAAUGGUUCGCCCUGGAGUACCCGGACCCAAAGGUGAUGUAGGCAAGCCAGGUCCACCAGGUCUUCAAGGAGAACGGGGAUCUACCGGACCCAAAGGAUCCUCAGGUGACACUGGACCAAAGGGAGACAGAGGGGACAGAGGCCUUCCUGGAGAAAAAGGAUCCCAAGGAUCUAAAGGAGAGACAGGCUCACCAGGAUUAGAUGGAAUACCUGGAAACCCGGGAAGAAAUGGCGAAAAAGGGGCUACGGGAGAAAAGGGGAGUUCAGGUGCUCCUGGUCCUGCCGGAAUUCCAGGAGUGUCUAUUGCAUCGGGCUUAGCAGGAGACACAACCGGGAUCAUUCCGGGGGCACCAGGGCUCAAAGGAGAACCUGGAGAAAAAGGAGUUAAAGGUGACAAAGGUGAAGAAGGUAUUCCAGGAAUACCAGCCACUCCAGGAACUCCGGGAAAACCAGGAGUUAAAGGUGAACCAGGACAAAAUGGAGAAAUUGGUCCAGUUGGUCCAUCUGGUACAAAAGGAGACAAAGGAGAGCGAGGACCUCCUGGAGUUGUUGAGAAAUCGGAAAAAAAUGGACAUAUUGUUGCCAUAAAAGGCGAGAAGGGGGACAUGGGUAAGAGAGGAAGAAGAGGUAAACCAGGACCAAUUGGUCCUCCCGGACCUCCUGGAGGCAUCGGUGAAAUUGGAUUACCAGGGUGGAUG